AUGCAACUUUCAUUGAUUUUAUUAUUCAUUCCUUUGACUGUCAUCAAUAGUCAACCUACAGCACCAGUAUGGCCAAAUUAUUUUACAUAUCAAUGGACCUUGGCACAUGUCUAUGAUGAUAUUCAAUUGCCUCCUUAUAGUACAAUUCCACUUGCAAAUACAACUGUAGGCCGCGGUCGAACAUAUUAUGAUUGGUCACUUCCAGCUAUGAUUGAAUAUUAUUAUGAUAUAUGUGUUCCAAUUUUUGAAGCAACGGAUAAUAAUUUUUCAUGUAAUUUUUUAAAUGUCAAUAGUAUAGCUUAUCUUGUUGUCACUAAUCCUCGUGCAACUGGUCGACCACCAUGUUGUAUUUUUCAAAAUCCAUGGAAUCCACCAGCACCAGAUUUCUUGCAAAAAGCACCUGGAGUUAAAUACAAUGGUACAGGUGUAUUUUAUACACGACCUGUUUUCUGGUGGGUUCUAGAUGAUCCACAAGAUCCAGCUGGUCCAUUUGGUUAUUCAUUUUUUGAAGAUACAUGCAAAGCAUCAUCAACAUCGGAAAAUAUGAUGUGCACACCAUCCCAAUUCUUUUUUCGAGCUACUUCUGGUUUUGCUAGUCAAUUUUUUGAUGAUUAUAGAGUUGAAAAACCUGAUCCAAGUGUUUUCACUAUUCCAGAUUCAUGUAGUAAUGCUCAACCAUGUGAUGUUUGA